AUGGAGCUCUACCGGUUGACUGCGAUGCAAGCACUGCACAAUAUCCGGGCAAAUGAGCUCACGGUCGAGGACUACGCCAAGUCGCUGCUGAAGCGCAUCCAGGAACGGGACUCUGCCGUCAAGGCGUGGGCUUAUCUAGACCCAGUACAGGUGCUGAACGAGGCUAGGAGACUGGAUCAGAUCCCACAAAGCCAGCGAGGUCCUCUCCAUGGUGUUCCUGUUGGUGUAAAGGAUGUUAUAUACACCAAGGGCAUGCCAACACAGCACAAUUCAUCCCUCUACGAAGGAAGUGCACCACAGGUAGACGCUGCGUCGGUUCUCAUUCUACGCAACGCUGGCGCUUUGAUACUCGGCAAGACAACAACCACCGAAUUCUCCGCAACAACAGAAGGUCCCAAAUCCCGCAACCCCCAUGACCAAUCGCGCACCCCAGGAGGCUCAUCUUCUGGCUCCAGUGCAGCCGUUGCGGACUUCCAGGUCCCCGUGAGCCUGGGCACCCAAACGGGGGGCAGCACGAUUCGACCCGGCUCCUUCAAUGGUGUUUGGGCGCUGAAACCAACGUGGAAUGCGAUCAGUCGCGAGGGGCAGAAGAUAUGCUCACUGAACUUUGACACGCUGGGACUGUUCGCUCGUAGUGUCGAGGACCUUGGGCUACUCGCGAAUGUUUUUGGACUUGAGGAUGAUGAAGCGCCGCCAACGAGGUUUUUGAUGAAGGGAGCAAAGUUUGCAGUCUGCAGAACCCCGAUUUGGGAAAAAGCAGGUCCUGGUACAAGAGCUGCGCUGGAGAAGGCUGUAGCGCUAUUGAAGGUCCACGGGGCCCAAGUUGACGAGGUUGACCUUGGAUCAGACUUCAGAAACCUCCCGCAAUGGCAUGCUACCGUACAGGCCACUGAUGGCCAUGUAUCUUUCCUACCAGAAUAUCGGCGACCAAAAGGCAAGGAAAAUCUUGGCCCGUUGGUCGUGGAGCAAGUCGAGAACACAGGAAGAUACACCCAUGCGGAUCAACUACGUGCAUUAGACGGUAUGGCUGCUCUGCGUCCGAAAAUCGACACUAUUGCUGGUCGCUAUGCAGCAAUCCUCACUCCGAGCGUUGUCGAUGAAGCACCUGUUGGUUUCCAUACGGGGAGUUAUGUUUUUAACAAUAUCUGGACUGCACUGCAUGUCCCGGUUAUCAACGUUCCAGGGUUCCGAGGUAAGCAUGGAUUGCCAAUUGGGUUGUCGUUGAUUGCGCCAAGGUACCAUGACCAGUGGCUGCUUAGUGUUGCUAAGGAAGUGGGCAGGAUAUUUGAGUCUGAAGGUGGAUGGAAGUCGAAGCUUUGA